GCUGGCCUACAGACAGACCCUCCCCUCUAUCCGGGGCUCACCUGGUUCAGUGGGCGGCCGUCGGUGUUCAGAGUCCCGCUCUGGCGGACACCGAAUCUCGCUGUGAUUCUUCUGCCGACCCGAGCAUGGAAGAGUUAGCUAGGGAGAGCAUCAGCCUGCUGGCCUCAACCUCUGCCAAGCCACCGCUAGACGUGGGGCCCCGGCUGGGCUCCAUGGGAGCCGUCUUCAUCAUGCUGAAGUCCGCUUUGGGCGCCGGACUGCUGAACUUCCCCUGGGCGUUCGCUAGAGCCGGGGGCGUUCGGAGCGCGGUCACCGUGGAGCUGAUCUCGCUCGUGUUCCUGAUCAGUGGCCUGAUCAUUCUGGGUUAUUCCUCCUCUAUCAGUCGUCAACACACCUACCAGGCGGUGGUGAAGGAGCUGUGCGGCACGGCCAUUGGUCAGUUGUGUGAGAUCUGCUUCAUCUUCAACCUUUUCAUGAUCUCUGUGGCCUUUCUGGUCGUAGUGAAUGACCAGCUGGAAAAGUUGUGCAACACUCUGUAUGAGCUGGUGACUGCUCUGCCAAAAUCUGAGAUGCCCUAUCAUUUUUACACUGACCACCGAUUUGCCCUAGUUCUGCUCUGCUUCUUCCUCAUCAUGCCAAUGUCCAUCCCCAAGGAGAUCGCUAUCCAAAAAUACACCAGUGUUCUGGGUACUGUAGCUGCAACCUACCUGACAGUAUCCAUAAUCAUAAAGUACUUCACCAUGCCGAAUGUUCCAGAUCACAGAAGCCCUUUCUACUCCAGUGGGACUGGCGCCUGGGAAUCGAUGUUCAGCGUGAUCCCAACCAUCUGCUUUGGUUUCCAGUGCCAUGAGGCUUCCAUCGCCAUCUACAGCAGCAUGGAGAACCAGCGGCUUUCUCACUGGGCCUUUGUCUCUGUGGUUGCGAUGAUUAUCUGUCUCAUUAUUUACUCCCUCACAGGAGUUUAUGGAUACCUGACAUUUGGAAAGACUGUGGCUCCGGAUAUUUUAAUGUCGUACUCCAAUCAUGACAAACUCAUGCUCGUUGCCAGACUGCUGUUUGGAGUCUCCAUCAUCACCAUCUAUCCUAUCAUCGUGUUGCUGGGCAGAUCAGUGAUUCAGGACCCUCUGCUGAGUCGGUGGAGGAGACGGGACGAGGCGCUGAUGGUGAAGUUUGAAUGUCGCAGCCGAUGGGUUCUGACGGUUCUGUGGAUAAUGACGACGCUACUCAUUGCUGUGUUUGUACCAGACAUCAGUAAAGUUAUCAGUGUCAUUGGAGGAAUCAGUGCCUUUUUCAUCUUUAUAUUCCCAGGACUCUGUUUGAUGUUUGCCAUGCAAUCUGAGCCAGUAUCCUGCAAGACCAGAAUCACCCUUACCAUUUGGGGAGCAGUUACCCUGAUCUGUGGAGCCUUCAUUUUUGGUCAAAGCACCACCGUCGCUGUCAUGGAGCUCCUUGGAAAGAUCUGACCUCUCAGGGAACCUUCUGUGAAUAAGUCUGAACUGUUUUGCUCCUCCUGAGGUCAGUUAUGACUCUUGAGUGACGGACAACAGAAACUGAAUACUGAGGACACACACAUACACGCCUACAGCUUUCAGCUCAAUGCUUUCAAUGCACUGGGACACAGCCAGUAAAACGGUGCUGUCGAAGAUUUUUUUUUUAUGUGAAUUUAUCGAUUACAACUGCACUGUGACAAAAAAAAACAACUUUCUGCUACUGUGUCCAUGACUGAGUGAAAGUGUUUUCUUGCUAUUUGUUGAGCACUGUUUUUAUUCAUUUUAUCAAGAAGGGGUCCAAACUUCAGUUACACCCAUCAUAUUUUUCUUUGCCAAUUUAGAUUUCUGAUUGAGGCCUGUCCUGCCAGGACCAUAGAAGGAAAAAGAGAAAAUGUCGUGUAGGUUUUUUUGAAAGAAAUGGUUUAGCAGAAUUCAUAGAAAAUGAAAAAAAAUAUCCAGUCAUCCCGAUCCGUGCAUCAAAACAUGCAAUUCAUAUUUAUCUGAUUUAUUAAAUUAAAAAUGCGUCAAAAUACAUGGGGUUUAUUGAUAUGAGUGGCAUCCUUAGAUUUUAGGCAUUUGCCUUUUGGUCACCUGUCAGGGCCAACCAAGGCAAAACUAGUCUUUUUAUUGAUUGGUACAAAUAAUUGCUCAAGUCCAAAUAAUUAGCAAAAGAAUUAAUACAAUUAAAAGACAACUGAAUUGUUUUUAAUUAGCACAGAUUUAAGAAUGAAUGUGUAAGUGGGAAUAUUUCCAGGACUUCUGAUUAAAUACAAAAAAUAAUUUUCAAAUUAUUACCUUUUUUGGGCUAAAGUGUAAUUCAGCCCCAUGUUCAAAAGAAAUUUCCCUUCUGGCCAGGAACCAGAACCUAGUGUUUGAGGAAAUUGGCAGUAGGUCGUUAGUUGGCUGGGGAAAAACUUUAGCCUGCUAAUCUCUGAAAGGCUUUCAGUUAAAUAACAACUCUUCAAAUAGGAGUGGCCCGUUAUAAGGUCACACCACAGCAUUGUCCAAAACUUGUGAUUAUUUGUGUGUGUGUGGUUGUUACUCAGAGGUGGACCUGCUGCUUUGCUUUGGACUAUUAUCCUGAUGCAUAACCCAAGCGCCUUGAGCUUAAGGUCACAAUCUGAUGUUGUGACCUUGUCCUUCAAGUUUCCCUGUCUGGUUAGUCCACAGAAUAUUUUUCCAGAUGUCUUUGGGAUAAUCAGGAUGCUUUCACAAAAUCUGAGAACAAUCUUAGUUAGUGGUUUAAAAUGUCAAUCAUAAUAAAUUGAUCUUGCUGUAAAUUUUAGAAAGAAUUGCUAAGUAUUUUUAAGUAGCCUUGAUGUGAAUUCUUGGUUCACAGUUAAUUUCUUUUAUUACAACCGAUAAAGACAAGUUGAAUAACCAGCUGUGAUCAACUCCCCACCCUUUCUAAUUCAAAAACUCCCAACAAUACAAUUUUCAGCUUUAUAGUUUUAUUGAAUUGUAUCACUCUACAUCAUCUAGAAUUUCAACAAGAUAUUCUUCAAAGACCAAAGAUCAUACUUGCAUCCCUGCAAUAAGUCUCUACAUUUGAAGAGAAAGCAGUUUUACUGAAACAUACAUUAAGAAUUAAUAUUUCAUCAAACAUUGCCAUAAAAGUGAUAAUUCAUUCUUUUAUGUCAUCUUUCUUAUAUAUGUAUUUAUAUAAUACAUUUUUAGUCUGUUUUCUUCAUAGGAAUACUAGAAAAUAAAUAAGGUAAGAAAUGCACAAAACCUAUUGAAGGAGUAGCAUGGCCUAAUACUACAUUACUGGACAUUCAGUUGACAUGCACUCAAUAGAAGGAUAGAAAAGAACACCGCCAUAGAAAGGAAGAGUUAUGGCCUUGAUGUCUGAUAUUUUGGCAAAUUCCUGAUUGGCUUUUCGUAUCGAUUGACGACAGACUCUGAUAACAGCAACAUCAGAUCUGUUUUUGUUUGUUUUUUUUUCUUUCCUGCAGCUAACAUUCACGCCAUACUGGUGUGAAACAGUUCAACGGCAUAACUCUUUCAUUGUAUGACAAAGCACUGAGGAGGAGGCGGGAGAAGGGUGGAAAAAGAACACAGUCUCAGGGACAUUCAGGAAUGUAUUAACAGGAAACAGUACUCAUAUUUUUUUUUACCUCUAAAUCAUCAUCAACUUUCAACCCCAAGAAAGAAUCCUCGAUUAGACCGCAUGGGCUACGCUGAACACUGUAAAGCUUAUGGCUUUCAGUAAGCUGUAGGUAAACACCAAUUCAUGUGAUAUGGCUUCGUUUUUACUGGAGUACUUCAACUUAUAGAAAGCAAACAUGAUUCAUGUUUUGACUAAUUUCUACUUUAAACUGUGAGAAGUUAAAAGACUUCCUGUGGAGAUUUAAUCAAAACGACCAUUUUUACUGGGUUUUUUUUUGGGGGGGGGCUUAAAAUGAUUUAAUGCACAGCAAAGAUUAAAUACAACACUGCUAAAAUUGAGCAAAUUGGGAAGGCAUUAUUUUACGCUGGGAAUGCAUUGUAGCCAAAUAACUGCUUGAAAACCUUACAGCAAAUGAAAAACAAAAUGGGUUUAAAAACUACAUAUUUAAAAUGACAUGUUUAGACUUAUCAAUCGUUACAGUCUCCAUUUCCUCAAACAAAUAAGGAUUGUUUGAGUUAAAAAAAUCUCUAUUGUGACUGAAAUUGAUGAUUCUUCUUUUGCUUUCCAGCUAGAUUGUUCAUGUUUCCAUUAAUGUAGGCAUAGCAGUCCGGGCAGCUCAAUUAAUUUAUUAAUUAAUUUAGAGUCUUUGUGUCUCAAUGUUGGAUGGUAGUUUGCGGGAUGGAUACAAAUAUUUUUACUGACGCUUUCAACAUUGCCAGAGUGGCAUCAACGGAUACGAAAAAGUAUUUAUUUUGAUACAAAAAACUUAACUCCUUGGCGUCUGUAUGGAUUAUGAUUUGCUUUAGUAACUUGUAGAAACUCAUACCAUUGAGAAGAGGAGUUUAAAUGUUAAGUUGUUGAGGUAUGCAAUCAGCUGUUAGAUGCAAUGCAUUGUCGUAUGAAAGGCUAUAAAUUGGUCAAGAAUAAGGAGUCAAAUGUUGGUAUGUUAAAGUUAGGCUCAGACUAGCAGAGGAACCACAAGUAGGUUUAAUGUUGGAUCAGCAUUAAAAAUGUGUAACUCUAAGCAAUGCAAGUAAAAAUGAAUCAUAUGAUUCAUUGUCCUAUCGAUAUCCCAAGAUGUCGAUAGGACAAUACACACAGGACACAGAUAAAUGUGUUCCUGAAAAAAUAUUUUGCUUUCCUGUUUAUUUUAAUUUUGUUUGUUCAUAUUUAUGUGUAGUCAGACAACAACUUCUUUUUAUCUGUUGGAGCACGCUGAGCUCUCAGCCACUGUUUACAUUAUGCUUUCUGUCAUUAGCUUUAAGUCUGCUUUAUGGCAAGGUUCAAAGUUGUCACUGAAUAAGGUUUGUUAGUAUUUAUUAGUACUGUAAAUUUUAUUCCUUAAAACAUUUCAACAUGGAUGUGAAACCAAAUUGGCACGCACUUUUGUGAAUUGGAAAGUAGGGUGUACUAUAGUCAUGGUUUCUGCAAUGUUAAUACCUACUGUUAACGAGGGAGAAAAAAUACUUUUAAAGAUGGCUGCUCUAAACUUUAAUGACUUCAAAAAUGGCACCUAAUUUCUAACUAUUCAAUAGGCCCAGUUCUUCUCUAAAAACACCAUUUUAUAGCUCAAGAGAUCAAAACCUCUGCAGGGUCCCUUUAAACCUCUGAGGUUACUGAAAACAAUUCACACAUGUCUGUAUUAGAAAUCCACAGUAACAAAAGUAUUUCGGCAGCUGGAUAUUAUUAUUCUGCAAGUCCCAGAGUCCUGACUCUGCUCAGGGCAGCCCA